ACAAAAAGUCGCCGGGGAAUGGGAAUCAAGAACGUUUGGCAAAAGGCGUCCGUUAACAUGCGCCACCAACACUAAAUAUUCGCCAAACUCCCUCUCUCUCGUCUCUUUCUCACUCCUCAGUCCUCACUACUCCCAAAUUCCCGAAAACCUCCCAUUUUCACCUUCUUCUCCGGUCAAACCUUCUGAUUUUCUGCAGGGGGUUUAUUAUGUCUUUUCUAGAAGGGGAUUGAAUUAAAUUCCACAAUUAUUCCUUCCCCUUCUCACUCUCUUUCCCCCCAUCGCCAAUUUCCGAUUAGUUGAUCUUCUUAGUUCACCAUUGAAGCUCACCAUUGAAGCUGUGUCUGAGAAUUUAUUUGCUUCACGUUUAUAUUUUUCUGCGCCGGUGCUCUCUUGCUGUCCCAGUUUCGAUUCCAGUUCCAAUUCUGACAUUAGGAAAAUAUGGACGGUUACUUUGAACCUGCACCGUUCUUCUGGGUUGAAGACAAUAAGGGAGAAGCUUCUACUCCAAGAACGAAGAAGAAAGUAAAAAAGAGGAAGGAAUAUGUGAGUUGGGGUUCAAGGGAGUUGAUUGAAUUUCUUGAAUCAAUUGGCAAGGACUGCUCCAAGGCACUUAACCAAUAUGAUGUUACCAAUGUCGUUAAUCUGUAUAUUAAUGAUAAUAACCUUGUUCACCCAGUCAAUAAAAGGAGAGUUUUGUGUGAUGAUAAGCUGCAAGAUCUCUUUGGAAAGAAGACCAUCUUCCGGAACAAAAUUCAUAAUUUAUUGGAAUCACACUGGGCCGAGAAUCAAGAAGAUUCAGACGAACAUUUUGGCAGCUCUGAUGAAGUUGAGGAAAAUGGUUUUUCUGCAUCUAAAAAACAGAAAAUUUCGAGCUUAGAUAAGAAUACUCAGCCUAAGAAAAAAGCUCCAAAAGUUUCGAAAAGCUGCUUAGCAGCUAUCAAUUCUGAUAAUAUCAAGCUCUUGUAUUUAAGAAGGAGUUUGGUUCAAGAGUUGCUCAACAACCCAGAAACAUUUGAAACCAAAGUAGUUGGGAGCUUUGUCAGGGUAAAAGCAGAUCCACAUGACAUCUUCCAGAAAAACUCUCAUCAGCUUCAACUUGUCACAGGUGUCGUGGAAGUUGCUCCUGUUGGUAACACAAAGCCUGCUACGCUUCUGCAAAUUUCAGGCAUGAUAGAUGACAUUAGCAUAUCUGAAAUUUCAGAUGAGAUUUUUUCUGAGGAAGAAAUUGAGGAUUUGCUUAAAAGAGUUAAAGAUGGUUUACUGAAGCAGCCUACUGUUGGUGAACUUGAACAAAAAGCAGUUGUUCUGCACGCGGACAUAACCAAACAUUGGCUUGCAAAAGAACUUGUACUCAUCAAGAAUCUUAUAGAUCGUGCAAAUGAGAAGGGAUGGCGACACAGAGUGAGAGAGCUCCUGGACAGAAGGAAGCUGCUUCAGUCAUCUGAUGAACAGGAUCGCCUGCUCGAUGAGAUUCCUAAGGUGAUAGCCGAAGAAGUGAAGCCAGAAUUAAUUCCUGACUCUGCUCCUGAUGAUUCGCCAAAAGCUGCUGAAUGGGACUGGGAAUGGGACCCUUACGAUGUCUCAUCAACUAAAGUAGAUAUGACAAAGCCAGAGGUCUUAGAUAAGCAGUAUGGUCAAGUUGUCAAUGGAGCUGCACAACCUUUUGCAGCAGCAGCAGCAGCAGCGGAAACUGAAAUCAACAGCAGAAGCAAUGGUGAUGCACAUCCUUAUAGCCUUGAAGAAAGAAACCAGCCUGGGAUAAAUCCCUCAACACCAGUAAAUAAUGGACAUGCUCACUAUUCUGAGUAUUCUCAGUCCUUAGAACCGAAGGAAAGAGAAGUUCCUAGAGCAGAAACAAUUAGAGUAGAAAAUAAUGGUCACACAUAUUCCUUGAACCCAAGUCGUGUUGACAUCCCUAAUGUCAAAGAAACAAGGCAAGAAAGCAAUGGCCACGUACAGCUCUCGAGUUCAAAAGAACCGAAAAAGACUCCAACGGUGGUGAUUGAUUUGAGUGAUGAUGAUGACGAAGAGCAGGAAAUCCCGAGUCGUGGGAACCAAAUUCCGAAACCUCACCCCGAGCAGAUGGUGUGGCAUUACUUGGAUCCUCAAGGCAGAAUCCAAGGACCGUUCUCUUUGAUGUCGUUAAAGCGGUGGAAUGAUGCAAACUAUUUCGGACCUGGUUUCAGAGUCUGGUCGAUUGGUCAAAGCCCACAGCAAGCAGUUCUGUUAAGUCUUAUUCUUCAGCAUAUUUUUCCAAAUUGAUCAAGAAGUGUGUGUACAUAAAUUGCUGUCUAGUCUCUAGAGCAAUUUUUUGAACUGUAACUUAAUGUAAAGAUUUCACUAGUUCUUAGGUUUAGCUCUUCUGUAAAAAUCUCAGUUUUAUGAGUUUUGUUUUCCGUGAUAAUUGAGCUAUUCGGCUGAUGCGCCGCCUUCAGUUCAUGUUAAAUUUCAUAGUACUAGUACAGUACUAGACUGUAGCUCAAGGGAUCAUCAUAUGAAAUUAAAUUGUUUUUUUUUUUGGGCAAUAAUGAAAUAAAUUGUUGAUUCUCUUUUCUCUCAAAUAA